AUGGGAAGAAAGAGAAAAAGACAAGGAGAGAGAAAGAGACAUGAAGAUAGUGGAUUCGCAGGGGUUAGUGGGAUGGUUCGAGGGUCGGUUGGGUUGAUGACUGGUGUAGGGAGGUUUGGGAUUAUGGGGCGUGGAGGAGGUUUCAAUGGGGUUGGGUAUAGUUGGGUUUGUAUUUUCUUUUUGGGUUAA